UAUUACUGUAUUAAUCAUCAAUGUGCAUGGUGAUAAGAGUCCAAGCAAAGACUGCAGCUAGCAUCCAGAACCAGGAGGCCAGCUCUACCCAGCGGGCUCCACUGCACCGUACCUUCGUUUGCCUGCUUGUCCUUGCUGACUUGCAUCCUUCUCCUCCGAUCCUCUCUAUUCCGGCCAAUUUCCCCUUGUUCAGGUUCAUCGUAUACGUAUCGUCACAACUAAUUCGUUAGUUUGACUUGAUUCAAUUCUGCCAAGUUAAUCUGAAGCACCGCCAUGAUCCUGCUGCACACAAGGGACGAGGUUCCAAACCAUCUGCUGCAUUCUCACCCAUCAUCAUCAUCAUCAUCUCGGGACGAUACCACCGAAUUAUCGGAUGAUGAUGCCAUCUGGAUACCGCCCGAGGCAGCCGACGACAUGGAAGAUGCCAUCCUGCUUACUACAGAUGACGAGGAGGAGUCUGAUGAGGACUCCGAUGACGAUGAUGGUGCCAGCAGCAGCUUCUGCAGGUACAGGCCGGAGGAGGUGCGCCAGAAAGCCAUGCUCAGAGCCAUGAACGGCCAGCUCAAGAUGCUCGCCGCCCGCUUCCUGGAGUCGGCCGGCAUCCCUGCCGACAGCUGCUGGCUUGAUGUCGUCACCUCCCUGUCCUGGGAAGCCGCCCUUCUCAUCAGGCCUGACGCCACUGCAGGCAACGAAAUGGACCCUUCCUCUUACGUCAAGGUGAAGUGCCUAGCAUCCGGAACGCGGCGCCAAUGUGAGGUCAUCAGGGGCUUAGUCUUCAAGAAGAACGCCGCCCACAAGCACAUGCCCACCAGGUGUCACAAUCCCAGGCUGCUGCUUCUUAGAGGAGCCCUCGGUGAUUCCCAUACUGCUCUCUCAUCAUUCAGUUCCAUAGAGCAGGAAAAGAAGCAUCUGCAGGAGUCCGUCCGCAGGAUGGUGGAGGUUUGCAGGCCGGAUGUCAUCAUGGUCGAGAAAACAGUUUCACGCGACGUACAGGAGCUUCUUCUCGAGGAAGGUGUCACCCUGGUGCUCGACAUGAAGCUCAACCGCCUGCAAAGGAUCGCUCGCUGUUCUGCAUCUCCCAUACUCGACUUUCCCGAGGUUCUAUCGUUGUUGAAGUUGAAGCCAAAGUUGAAGCACUGUGACUACUUCCACAUCGAAAAACUUACGGAGGAGCACAACAACCAUACCGUUGCUGAAGUUGGGAAGAGGCAAUCUAAAACAUUAAUGUUCCUCGAAGGCUUUCACAAGCCAUUGGGAUGCACGAUAUUGCUACGGGGAGCAAAUACUGAAGAAUUGAAGAAAGUCAAGCAAGUCAUGCUCUACACAGUGUUUGCAGCAUACCACCUUGUUCUUGAGACAUCCUUCUUCGAAGAUCAGAGAGUAAUAUUGAAUAAUAGAAAUGCUUCCAAAGAAGAAAGUUGUGUCCACAGUAAGACGGUAUCAUCGGUUAUGAUCCCAGAGGGUCCAGUCACCUGUUAUAAUGAGAUCCCAGAGGGUCCAAUCACCUAUUAUGAUUCUAACCAAGCACUUCCUUCUGAAAGACUAGUCUCAUCAGUCCAAAGAUCACCAAGAAGAUCCAUCGAUAUAUUCCGUUAUUAUCAGAAUAUUUAUUUACCAGUCACUUCUUCUCAAGAGGCUACUGAUCAUCAGAAAGAAGACAUGCUUCAAUACAAUAUUCAAGACAUACACACACAAUUUGGUUCUGGUGAGAAUGUGGAUCACUUAAGCGAUCCCCAGAAUCAAGCAUCCACGGAAGGCGAUCAACAUAUAACAUCGGAUGAUCCUUGGGUUAGUGGAAAACAUGAACAUCCAUCAACCCCAUUGGAAAAUGGGGAACAACAAAGCACCAGCUACAUUAGCGGAGACAAUACCUCAGAUGUAGAUGAGGUGGAUGAUGUCUUGGAGUCUCAGAGCAUACUUAUUCUCUUGUCCAGCCAAUGCAUCACGAAGCAGGUUAUCUGCGAGCAGAGCCACCUAUCCCGUAUAAAGUACUAUGGAAAUUCUGAUGUCUCUCUGGGACGAUAUUUGCAAGAUAUUUUACAGAAUCAGAAUCUCAGCUGUUCAUCAUGUGGAGAACCUCCAGAGGCUCACAUGUACUCUUACACUCACCGCAACGGGAAUCUGACUGUUCUUGUGAAGCAUCUGCCAAAAUACCAUUUGCCUGGUGAAUCAGAAGGAAAAAUUUGGAUGUGGACUAGAUGUCUAAGAUGUGAGCAUGAAAGUGGGAUCUCCAGAUCAUCACGAAGGGUGCUAAUGUCAACUGAAGCACACUAUCUUUCGUUUGGGAAGUUCCUUGAACUCAGUUUUUCAAGCCAUUCCACUGCUAGAAGGCUAUCAAUAUGUGGGCAUUCGCUGAAUAAGGAUUGUCUGCGCUUUUUUGGGUUGGGCUCCAAAGUUGCAAUGUUCCAGUAUUCAUCAGUGGAAAUUUACACUGCCUGCAAACCGCAGCCUACUCUUGAGUUCCACAACCCCAAUGCUCACGAGUGGUACGGGCAAGAGGUAAGAAAUGUACUUGCUAGAGGAGUCAUGCUUUUCUCUGAAGUCACAGGGUUACUACAGGACCUGAAGGAUCAGUUUUCUGAGGUGGCAAUCUAUUGUGGCACCUUCCUUCCUAUUAAAGAGUUCUGCCAACUUGAAGAUAUGUUGAUUAAAGAAAAGUCCGAGUUCAUGUGUGCUCUAGCACAGGCUGUUGAUCGAAGUGGGACACCAAGCUCUGUGCACGAGAUCCUUAAUGUAAAUUGGCUCUACCAGGAUCUUCUGCUUGAACUAUAUGUGUGGGAUCGCAGGCUGCAUCAACUUCUAGAUUGCAUAUCUGCUGAAAGAGAAAGAAUGGGAAUUGGCAUCAAGGGAACUUAUGAAUUUACAGAUGACCAGACUGAUGUAGUUGCUGAAGCAGAUGGUAUUGCUGAGUGCACGAACAGCAAUGCGUCCUUUGAGGAUGGAUGCAUCGAGCCAGAGAAGUUCAGUCAACAAGGGAUUGACACAACCUUGCUUGAUGAAAAUGCAUGGGGCAAGCAUUACGAAGAGCAACAUAGCACGAAAGUGCCUUGUUCUGGAAUCUCAAAUUGCUUGGACAUGCAGAGCAAUGAGCUCGUUGCACGUUCAGUGUCUCCAAAGCAAGAGCCGUUUAGUAUUUCGCAGCAGUUCAGACUUUCCCAAUGGGAUGACAGGGAAAAAUGGGUUUGGAACCCAUUGCACGAGUCCAGAUUGGCUUACAGGCAGGAACUUGAGGUUGGAUGUCUGGAAAGGUUCGAACUCGUUAACCACUAUUGUCCAUCCCAUCUAUCCCCCUUGGAUAGACACAAACAAGCUGAUGACGAGGUGGGGUCUCCACAGUUCACAGUAGGUCCUGGUGGCAAUGUCUUGUGUGUAUCAGAGGAUGAGAUAUCCAGCAUAAUAUCCCGUGCUCUUGCUAUAUCUGAGGAGCGUCGUCACUUACUGGAUGCCAUCACUGAGAGUGAACCAGCAGACAGCAGGGGUGGAGAGCGUACCAAAACAAUGGAGAAGUCUUACAGCUCGGUAUCUGAAAGUUCCUCUGCUUCUUCGUCCUGGUCGUCUGCAUGGUCUUCUUCCGGAUCUUCAGAUUCUGAGGCAAGCACUUCAUCUGAUGACCUCUCCAGCUAUGAUAGCUCGCUUCUAUCAUCCUCUCUCCACCCGGAAAUAUCUGUCAACGGGAGAGUAGCUCUCAAAGGGAAAUAUUCAGUAACCUGUGUACACUCUAAUCAGUUCUACAAUCUUCGAAAGAAAUGCUGUCCAUCGGAGCUUGCAUAUAUCACUUCCUUGAGCCGUUGCAAGAAGUGGGAUGCUCAAGGCGGAAAAAGCAAGGCUUUCUUCGCAAAAACAGUAGAUGACAGGUUCGUCAUAAAGCAAAUAAAGAAGACAGAGUUUGAGUCCUUCAUAAAAUUUGCACCUGAUUAUUUCAAGCAUGUUUACCAUUCUCUGGACACCGGGAGCCAAACUUGCCUUGCCAAAAUCCUAGGAAUCUAUCAGGUCAAGCAAAUAAGACAUGGCAAGGAGAUUAAGAUGGACCUGAUGGUGAUGGAAAAUAUUCUGUUUGGGCACAAUGUGUCCCGGACAUAUGAUCUGAAAGGCGCCGUCUUUUCACGACAUGUCUCUGACUCAAACGACCAUGACACCGUCUACUUGGAUCAAAAUUUUGUGGAUGACAUGCGUGUCUCUCCAAUCUAUAUUGGUGGAAGAACAAAGCAUCUCUUACAGCGGGCAAUCUGGAAUGAUACGGCUUUUCUCACUUCAAUCAAUGUUAUGGACUACUCUCUUCUGGUGGGAGUGGACAAGCAGAAGCAUGAGCUCGUGUUUGGCAUCAUCGACUACCUGAGGCAGUACACAUGGGACAAGCAGCUGGAGACUUGGGUGAAGACGUCUCUGGUGGUGCCCAAGAACGAAUCGCCAACGGUGAUCUCCCCCAGGGAGUACAAGAAGAGGUUCAGGAAAUUCAUGAGCAAGUAUUUCCUGACAGUUCCGGAUGACUGGAGUACGGAGAAUAGCCCGGCGUCCUAUAAAUCUUCUUGUGCUCACGCCGACAGCACCAAGUUGCAGGCUCCUCAGCAUCCAAAUCCAAAUCCAAUCGUGGCGUGUGCCUAGUCCCAGGGUUUUCAUGAUGAGAAACCUCUCUCUUCUUCUGAAUCAUUGUUGUACUUGUACAUACAGUAGAAGGGGUGCCCCAAGCUGUCCAAAGUAUGCAGCUUUAUUUUAGGCAAAUUGUUGGAGCCACAACCACAUCGCAUGUAAUUUUCCACUUAAUAGUGAAAUUACAUACAUGAUUGUUUAAUCCCA